AUGGAAGACGACGACGAGAUCCGCUCCCCGCCGACCCCCGGCCCGCCGAGCGCGUCGUCCUCCCCGUCCCCGCCGCGCGCCGCCAACGGCCGCAUAACGGUGACGGUCCCCCGGCCGGCGCCGGCGGCGGGGCGGCGGGGAGGGGGCCGCGAGGACUGCUGGAGCGAGGGCGCGACGGCGGUGCUGAUCGAAGCCUGGGGAGAGCGGUAUCUGGAGCUGACGGGGAAUCUGAAGCAGAAGCACUGGAAGGAAGUCGCCGACGUGGUGAGGCAGGAAAACUACGCGAAGCCGCCGAAGAGCGACAUCCAGUGCAAGAACAGGAUCGACACGGUGAAGAAGAAGUACAAGCUCGAGAAGGCGAAGAUCGGCGCCGGCGCCGGCCCGAGCAAGUGGAGGUUCUUCGACAGAUUGGAGCAGCUGAUCGGGCCGUCCGCGAAGUACACCUCCCCGGCGGCCGCCGCGGCGGCGACUCCGAGUCCCGUGCGGACGCUGAAAGAUGUCCCCGUAGGUAUCCCGGUCGGAAUCAGGUCGUCGGUCGGUAGUCAAAACAAGGACCAGCGAUCGUCGCAAACGCAGCAACAGCACAAGCAAGGGCAGCAGCAGCCGCGAGGCGGGCAGAAGAUGCAGAUCCGGAAGCGGCGGCCGGCGGAGUCGGAGUCGGAGCCGGAGCCGGGGUUCUCCGACAACGACGGCUCCUCCACCGACAGCCUGCCGCCGGAGAUUCGCCGCCCCAAGAGGUCGAAUCCCGGGCGAGACGUGAACCUGAACGAGACCGGAGCGAGGCGGCCGCCGAAGCCGAAGGCGGGGAGCGGACUGGGGAGCUCCAUCGGGGACCUGACCCGCGCGAUCGCCAGCUUCGGGGAGGUGUACGAGCAGACGGAGAGCGCCAAGCUGCAGCAGGUGGUGGAGAUGGAGAAGCAGAGGAUGAGGUUCGCCAAGGAGCUGGAGCUGCAGAGGAUGCAGUUCUUCAUGACGACCCAGGUGGAGAUCUCCCAGAUCAGGCCCCAUUCCGGGAAGAAGGUCGGGGACGGCGGCAAAGGCGGAGGCGGCAGCGGCGGCGGCGGCGGCGGAGGGAGCAGUGGGAAUCACCAGCAUAGGGACGACGACGACGACGACAAGGCCGACAACAGCGAGGAUAGUAACUAGGAUUUUUUUCCGACUGUAAGUGUUAGAAAUUUAUGUAGAGUUUCUAGGAAACUAUGAUUCAUAUGGGUGAAGAAGAAGACUUUAGAAGUUGAGGUUGUGUUUCUGAGGGGAGUUGUUAUUGUUUGCUCUGUAUCUCGAAUUGGGGCUUCUGUCAAGUGUUAUAAUCCAAGGCAAAAUGGCCAAAUCCCCUCCAAUUAGAACUAUCUAAAUUUCUGGGUAUGUGCCAGUUCUUGGCUUUUUCA